AAUAAAAAUUUAUUUAUUUAUGUAUACAAGGAGUAUUUAGUGGAAAUUCGAGUGAGAGGUUUGGACUUUAUUUGUUCUAACUUUCGGGUGCUAUUCUGCACUAAUUUUCAGGAACAAAUAUAAACAUUAAAAAUAUAAAUAGCAAAAAUUUAUUUCAUAAUUAUUUACAAGCAUGCUUUUAAUUAAUCAACUGGAUGGAUUUUUAUCGGUGUAAUUUCUUAUUCACUCGAUUUUAUUCGAAAUCUAAAUUAAACUAAAUUCAUCAUUAGGAUCAGAAUUUUGGUGAGAGAAGGAUUGAUCAUGGCUUUAUCUAAAUGAGUAGCUCCUUAAACCUUAUGUACGAAUAUACAGCUUCACAAAUCUUUAACCCUGUAACAAAUAACAAAUGCCUUCCCUUGAAAAUUUGUAAGAUUUGCUUAGGAAUAAUAAUUACAUUGCUUAUACUGUACUGUUUUUGGUCUGUAUGGAUCGGAUUUAAGAAAAAUUUAGUUUAAGAAAUUCGAGCUGAGACUUAAUGGUAAGAAAAAAUUAAAAUUGCAGGAGACGUAACUUGAUCCUUAGUAAGAUGUGGAAUGAUAUUUCCUGUAUUACGUCGUAUUGGGGCUCAACGGACGUCUGAAUAGAUAUCCACAUUAUGGUCUCACUUUCGUGUUAUCUAUCUAUGUACAUGUCAAGGAGCAUAAAUAUUUGCAACACAGGGUAAGCAUAUUUGCAAACCUUAGAUCUUUCCAACCACACAAUAAUUGUAAUGAUUCCAGUCAGAUUCAUAACAGUGGACUUUGCAUCUAUCAGGAUCCGAUUACUUUGGUUUAUUAAUAUAUGUGUGCUUAUAUACAUGCGUACAUAGGUAUGUAUGUAUGCAUGUACAUACAUACACACAUGCAUGUAAGCAAAAAAUACAUUUUCCAUAUUCCUUAAAUAUAUACGUCGGAUCUUAAACUAGAGUAUGGAUGGGUUUCUACCAAGUCCUACUACCAAGAAAAUAAUGUGUCUCUCGUGGUUUAAAUAAUGUAAUGCCAAUGGAUACUGUCUAAGAUAACGAUCCCAAGAAGGAUUAAGAAUGAUGAUUCAUAGAUAAUCACAGUUUGCCUUUUAGUUUCAUUUAGCCAUCCUCCUGCCUGGACUAAAUUGGCAUCGUUUCAAGUAAAUUUAUUUCGAAAUGGCGCACUCAUCAGGAUUCUUUUACGACCUGGCUGGCUCCUUUCAGAACGAGCAGCCCCCCAACCAAUCCCUUCAACAGGACAUCCUCUCCACCAUCAAGUCGCUCCAUAUUUCCUGUGGGGUGGACAUGAAGGGGCCCGUGAUGGCAAAAUCCAAUGACGAUUUCAUCGGAAUCUGUAUCUUGCACGCAAAUGGGGACAAAGUUUUGCAAGACUCGAAGGGGCGCCGGGUGAAAUCUGGCUACAUUCUGACAACCAGCCGAGCGGACCUAAAGACACCAAAGGACGUCAAAGGCACCGACACCCUUCAUCGCCAGGCCUACAGCAAAAUUUUUGGCGACUUGGAAACCCUCCCAGGCGUCGUGAUUGUGGGAUUCUCUCAACAUCAUAAAGUUCUCAAGGGCUCUUCUGCAACUUUUAAUUCAAAUAAUUGCACAAAUUCACUCCCUGGAAGAAAAGGCUGUCUCUUCUCGUACAGGAGUUUGAUCUUCGGGGCCAUAAUUCUUCACAAGCUAACCGGUCCUCGGGAUAUUAGCCCAUCAUCCGCCUGCUUUUGCCUCUGUCUCUUCUUAAUCGUCAAGAACCAUGGGGACGACGAAGAUAUGGCUAAUUUUCCAGUAGCCAAUUUGGAACUUGAAGGGCAACAUGUUUUCUUGGAAGAGAUGCUGAAGAGUUUCAAGAUUGAAAAAUCAAUUCUGGACGCCGUCUGUGUGGUGAGAACCCCUGGUUUAAGGUCAAGGUCAACUGAAAUGAAGAUUUCCGCCAGUAAAAUUGCGAUGAAGGGGUUGACUGAUGGAAUUAAGGCAAAUUUCUCCAAGGAGGAAUUCAAACUUUUCGUCAAGAAGCUCGUGGAGACUUUCUCCAAAGACGGAGGAGGACGAGGGCCCUCCUCGGCAAUGGGGGCAGUCGUCCUGUACUUGGAGGAUGCUUACGCGGAGGAAGAGCGUGAGUUGCUUGUGGAACGCAUGGAAAGGUUGAGAAUGCGGAGUCCAGCUGAGAAAUUGAGGAAUUAUGCGCACAAUUAUUGA